AUGAUGAUAGCGUCCAUUGCAUUGUCCCAAAUCCCAAUGCCGAAUUCCUCAUAUCACAUUUCAAAAUUUUCAACGCCAUUCCUAAGGCCUCCAAAUCAAAGCCUCGCAUCCUCUUCUGCAUCUCAUCUCUAUGGGGAAAAGCUCCCUCCAAAAGUGAUUUUCACUCUCCGUAAAAUCUCUUUCGAUUUCAGAACCCCUGUCCUAGUUUCUCCGAAAGCGGUUUCUGAUUCUCAGAAUACGCAAACAUGCCUCGACCCAAACGCCAGCCGAAGUGUCUUGGGAAUUAUACUUGGUGGUGGUGCCGGGACCCGUCUAUACCCUCUUACAAAAAAGAGAGCAAAACCCGCUGUUCCUUUAGGAGCAAAUUACAGGUUGAUUGAUAUUCCUGUAAGUAACUGCUUGAACAGUAACGUAUCAAAGAUCUACGUUCUUACGCAAUUUAAUUCUGCGUCACUUAAUCGCCACCUUUCACGAGCAUAUGGAGGCAGCAUGGGCGGAUAUAAGGACCAAGGGUUUGUUGAAGUUCUUGCUGCUCAACAGAGCCCUGAGAACCCAAACUGGUUCCAGGGAACAGCUGAUGCUGUAAGGCAGUAUUUAUGGCUUUUUGAGGAACAUAAUGUUAUGGAAUUCCUGGUUCUUGCUGGAGAUCAUCUAUAUCGAAUGGAUUACGAGAGAUUUGUUCAAGCACACAGAGAAACUGAUGCAGAUAUCACUGUGGCUUCACUGCCGAUGGAUGAAAAGCGUGCCACUUCAUUUGGACUCAUGAAGAUCAAUGAAGAAGGUCGUAUAGUUGAAUUUGCAGAGAAACCAAAAGGAGAUGAGUUGCAAGCAAUGAAGGUCGAUACUACUAUUUUAGGCCUUGACAAUGAGAGGGCUAGACAUAUGCCUUUCAUUGCAAGCAUGGGUAUUUAUGUGUUCAGCAAAGACGUGAUGCUGCAGCUACUAAGAGACAAGUUCCCUGAAGCGAAUGAUUUUGGAAGUGAAGUUAUUCCUGGUGCAACCUCUAUUGGAAUGAGGGUGCAAGCCUACUUGUAUGAUGGCUACUGGGAAGAUAUUGGUACCAUUGAGGCUUUCUAUAAUGCAAAUUUAGGGAUCACCAAAAAGCCUUUACCAGAUUUCAGCUUUUAUGAUCGUACUUCUCCUAUCUAUACACAAGCACGAUAUUUACCGCCUUCCAAGAUGCUUGAUGCUGAUGUUACGGAGAGUGUUAUUGGGGAGGGCUGCGUGAUUAAAAAUUGCAAAAUUCAUCAUUCUGUAGUCGGGCUUCGUUCUUGCAUUUCAGAGGGUGCAAUCAUUGAAGACACAUUGCUGAUGGGAGCAGAUUACUAUGAGACGGACGAGGACAUGGAAUUUCUCGCUGCAAGAGGUAGCAUUCCAAUGGGCAUUGGAAAGAACACCCACAUCAAAAGAGCAAUCAUCGACAAGAAUGCUCGCAUCGGAGAAAAUGUGAAGAUCAUCAACCACGAUAACGUGCAAGAAGCGGCUAGGGAAACAGAUGGGUACUUCAUCAAGAGUGGAAUUGUUACCAUAAUCAAAGACGCUUUGAUACCUAGUGGUACCGUCAUUUAAAAGCGGUCCGCCUUUUGAGUAAAUGGUAAGAAAGAGUCUCGAUUCCCUCGAUUUCUGUUUUUUCAGUUUGAGUAUAAUUUACAUUGCCCUUGCAGUAUAUGAGGCAUUCGGAUAAGGUAGGAGGA